AUGGCCAUCUUUGACCUGUUGCUGUGUAUUCCACCAACCAGCGUGAAGUGUGAGACAACUUUCUUACAGAUGAAGUUCAUAAAGACUUCUAGGCGGACCAAGCUGAAACCAUCAACCCUAAAUGAUCUGCUGACUGUGAAAAUCGAAAGUUCCCGUGUGGAAGAAUAUGACCCAGAGUCUGCUUUAAAUGUUUGGCCAGCCAUUCAAAAGCGAGUAUCUGGAUCUCUGAGAUUUGAUAGGAAUUGGACGGAAUACAAGAAUGGUUUUGGUUCACCGGAACAGGAUGUUUGGAUAGGAAAUGACGUAAUCCAUCAGUUAACAAAGAGAAAGGACUGCUCCCUCUAUGUUUCCAUCACACUAGUGAAUGGUACUAGACUGUAUCAGUUGUACGAUGGAUUCACUGUUUCUGAUGAAUCAGAGAAUUAUAAACUUUCCCUGAAGGGGGCUACCAGGGGAACCGUAGGUGACAGUAUAAGAAACACUUAUAUUCCUGCCUUUAAUGUGCCUGGGAUGUACUUCAGCACCUUAGACAGGGAUAACGAUAGACUGGGUGGUGAUAGCUGCGCUGUUUAUAAUGGGGGAGGAUGGUGGUUCAAUGCCUGUCACCAAGCUUUCCUCAAUGAUCCCUGGGCCUCACCAGACUGGAGUUAUGUAUGGGAUCCAUACAUAUCAAGGACGGGACAGAAGUGA